UCGGUCAUGUGACGCCUCAGUGAACUGCAGCGGGGUAAAGGUGGACUGCUUUGUGUUGCGCUGACUGUAAUUUGACUGCCGCCCUCAGACUUCCAGUCAGUCGACUUCUUCCUCCUGGGAUAAAAAGUGCACCUGGAAACUUUAUAUUACGCAUAUAUAGAUUUUUUUCUUUUCUUUUAACAUGUCCAUCAGUAGGAAAAACUGGUCGGCCUUGUCCAGCCUGGCCCGUCAAUGGACGAAGGAGGACGAGGAGGAAGCGGAGAGGGAGAGGAGGAGGAGGGAGAAGAGCUACACCAACGACCCAGACGACGACUCCAGCCCCAGCCCCAGCCCCAGCCCCAGACCCAGAGAGGCAUCCACCGGUGACAGCACCUCUGGGACCUCAAAUGAGACGUCGCAGCCCCUCAGCAGUGUUGAGCAGAUGCAGCUGGACUUUGUGGAGAUGCUGCGGGUCCGCGACGAAAAGCGGAGGAUGAGGCACGUGGAGACGCUGCGGCGACAGAAGGAGGAAGGGGAGGAGGACGACCCGGAGGCCGGCAGAGGGGGAGGAGGGGGAGGCGCCAGGGUGGAGCUGCUGGGGGACUUGGACGACGAGGAGUGUUCUGUGUUCAAGCCGCAAGCGCCCCCAAAAACAGCCUCUUAUAGCCCCACCGCCAGCAGCAACGCCAGAACCAACAGCACAAGCAGACAACACGAAAACGGAGAGUCGUCGGGCAAAGGCCCUGAUCCCAAACCCUCAUCCGGCAAGGCUCGCAAGUUUGUCAGUUCUGUUUCCAUCUCACUCGACACGAGCCCCAGCGGGCGCACAACUCCCAUGAGUCCUUGCUCUCCGACGACCCCCUUGUCGCCUCGAGAAUUCUGUACCUCUCCCAGGGGAGGUCAAAGCCCUGUUCAGAACGGACACAUGCAGGAGACCAAUGCUAAUGGCCCUUCCGACCAUGGAAACUUUGAACAGACGACUAAACCUGCCUUCGUCAGACAGAGCUCCAGGACUUUAUCUUUCAGGAUGAUGAAGAAGAAAGAAGAAGAGAGUGCGCCGCUGCAGCGCAGCGCAAGUGUGAGGAUGGCCAGCAAGAAGUUUGAGCGCAGCACAGACCAAAAAGAAGAUGAAGAUAAACCGUCAUCUUUCCAGAGAAACUCUAGGCAGAGGAUUUCAUCCAGAUCGAUCCAGGAGAAGAUGGAGAGACUGGCUCAGGCUGCACAGAAGUCAGAAAUGACGAAAAGUCCAGAUGUGACCCAGAGGACCUUGUUCCUGCUGGAGGAGGUGUCCAGGAAGAGAGGAAUCUUUGAAAAGGAGCAGCCGGCACAGAGUGCCACCAGUCCUGGAGUUUCCAGACAAGAAUUUAGGAGCUUCACCUCAGGAAUGUCAGACCGGAUCAACCGCUGGCUCAACAAGACCUCCCAGCCUGGAUCUCCACUCAGCCCUGAUUUGAGACACGUGGAUAUCACAAGCAAGAGGAGCCUGUUUGAGAACAGAGGGGAGGAAGGCGUGACCAAAGCCAGCCCCGGAAAAAAUCUAGAGUGACGUAUUCUCCACAGGAUUUCCAGUACGGCAUGCGCAAAGAUCUGGAAGAUAAACGGAUGCAAUGACUGACUCAUUUGUUUCCUGUUUUUUUGUUUCGUUUCGUUUUUUCCCAUGUUUUUUUUUUCCUUCUUCUUCUUCUUCUUCUUCAGUGUCAAAGCGCACGAGAGGAACAGGCAGGAUAAAAAGAGAGAGUUUCACUUUUAGACAUACUGCUUUUAAAGUUAUAAGUUUUUUUCAUACACUCGUGCAUUGCUUCUUAAAGUAUAAAUGCGUCUUAUUUCAAACAUUAAAAUACAAGAGAAAGGUGCUGAAAUGCUCCAUGGUGAGCAAAGCAGACACGGACAGCGAUAAAGGAUGGUGAUAUUUGUUUCAAACUCUUCAGCUGCAUGCCUUAACUUCGUGUAAUUUCUCAAGCACUUUAAACAGGUGAGGGUCUUAAGGCUAAUGAUACCUACUGUAUGUUUAUUGAAUGACAGUAGUGGGAAUACCGGAGCUGUAAUUGUGACUUUCGUGUAAUCUGCCAAAAGAAAUCCGCCUUUGUUUUGUUAUUAUCUGGACUUGUGGAAUAAAAUGUUUUACUAUGACAAA